UCAGCUACAGCGCUGGGGUCAGCGCGUGCGAGAAGGGCGAGCAGUGGCAGCGGGCUCUAGCGCUGCUGAGCGAGAUGCGGAAGCGCUGGGAUCAGCGCGUGCGAGAAGGGCGAGCUGUGGCAGCGGGCUCUGGCGCUGCUGAGCGAGAUGCGGAAGGCGAAGCUGGAGCCCAACGUCAUCUACUACAGUGCUGGGAUCAGUGCGUGCGAGAAGGGCGAGCAGUGGCAGCGGGCGCUUGCGCUGCUGAGCGAGAUGUGGGAGGCGAUCUUAGAACCCAACCCUCAGUCAGCUACAGCGCUGGCAUCACCGCGUGCGAGAAGGGCGUGCAGUGGCAGCGGGCGCUGGCACUGCUUAGCGAGAUGCGGGAUGCGAAGCUUGAGCCCAACGUCGUCACAUAUAGCUCGUGGAUUAGCGCGUGCGAGCAGGGCGAGCACUGGCAGCGGGCGCUGGCGCUCUUGAGCGAGAUGAAGGAGGUGAAGCUGGAGCCCGACGUCAUCAGCUACAGCGCUGGGGUCAGCGCGUGCGAGAAGGGUGGGCAGUGGCAACAGGCGCUGAGCAUUCUCAGAACCAUGCGUCUGAGAAAGUUGGAAAUUGGCUUCACGGCCUACGGAACCACAGCCAGCAUGUGCGAGCAAGGCGGGCAAUGGAGCCAAGUGAUGUUUUUGCUGAGGGAGGUGCGUGACUUGGUUACCUGGGAAUGA